UUUCAAUAUUGACGCACAUUGACGCUUAUCGAGAAUCUCGUAAUCGUCGAAGACUGAAAAAACUCUGCUGUCAAAUUCAAAGUGAUUUUCGGUAGAAAUAUCACGCUGCGUUCAUUUCAGAAACAAUGUCAGAUACGAUAAUAGAUGAAAGAGUAACUGAUGAAAUUGAAGCAUUACGGGCGAUACUACUCGACGACGAGUUGAAUAUUAAGGAAAAUGACAGGGGUGAGCCAGAAUGUAUUGAAACUGUGUUAUUUCCCUCGACCGGUGAAGAUUCUCAAUCUCAAUAUGUUUGUGUAACACUAAUUGUUCAAUUACCUAUGGGAUAUCCUGAUAUAUCACCUAUUAUUAAUCUUAGAAAUCCUAGAGGAUUGGAUGAGGAAACAGUGAGAUUGAUGCAUUCGGAUGCGGAAGCAAAAUGUAAAGAUUUCGUAGGCCAACCGGUUAUGUUUGAACUCAUCGAGUUAAUAAGAGAACAUCUUACAAGAAGUAAUCUUCCUACGGAUCAGUGUGCCAUAUGUCUCUAUGGUUUUCGAGAAGGGGAUGAAUUUACAAAGACGGAAUGUUAUCAUUACUUUCAUUCGCACUGUUUAGCAGCUCACGUCGCAGCUACAGAACGAUAUUAUAGAGAAGAACAAGAAAAAUUGCCGCAAUGGCAACAAGACUCUACCAAUAAGUUUCAGGCCAUAUGUCCCGUAUGUCGAGAAUCGAUUAAUUGUGAUGUAGAUAAUUUAUGGUCUGCGCCUCCUCCGAUCGACGUAGAAGCUGCAACAGAUUUUUCAGUUACCGCGGAAUUGAGAGAAUUACAAAAACAAAUGGCAGCAUUGUUCUUAAAGCAACAACAAAGGGGCGGUAUAAUCGAUUUAGAAGCAGAAGGUGUAAAAAUGUUGGUAAGAACAGAAGAUGAAUCGGGUGCUACUACAGAAGGACUCAAUCCACCAGGAACUAGUUUGAAUGCGUAUUCGAAUCAAACCGUGCAACCAGUUAACCAAAUGCAAUUGCCACAGACAAAGCAGCCAUCGCACCAAGCACAAAAUCAUACUCAUUAUCAAUCACGUCAAUUACAUAAUACUUAUCAUGGACAUAAUAAUCACGGACAUCGCAAUAGAGGCCGUGGACGUGCUCAUUACCGUCGCCAGCUUGACAGAGUUAGGCAGACGGAAUCUACUCCCAGAUGACAAUGGGCUCAAGAUAAACUGUUUACUGUCUGGUCUAUAAUUUCACUAAGUGUACACAACAUGAUUAACAUGAGUAGCAUAAUUAUGAAUGUAUUAUAUAAUAACUGUUCAAUUUCAAAUCACGUUCACGUGAUAAAGUUAUAGGUAUUAUCGUUCAGCAACAUUCCCGUUGUAACGGUGUAUAAAAUGAGGCGUGUUAAAACUUCCCAGAUCUAUCUGUGUAGACUGAAGCCAUGGUGCUCUUUCAAACGAUCUGCAAUCGUACAAAGUUCAUUAAUUUCUUUUAAUAUAGAUAUGUAUACAGAGCUAUACUUACUGUAGUGAAUUAUAAACGAAAAAGAAUGAAAAAGAAAGUGCGCAAUCAAAUAUUACACUAAACAUAUUUUAUACCGGUGGUUUAGAAUUUAAUGGUAUAAGAACAUCAAAAGGAAAUAAUAAUUCGUAUCGUUUAUAUUACGUAGUUUUUACGAUCAUUUUUAACUGUGCUUUUCAAUUUGUAAUACUCAUCUUCGCGCUAUCACAGAUAUCAAUUGUCAACGAUAUUAUAAAAUCGUGGCAUGUAACAGAGCAGACAUGGAUCAGUGUUUAAACAGAUACUAACUUAUUCCUUUUAAAGGAAUCGAAAAUUGAACGCGUACAUUCACUGGCAAUGUAAAUCUUUA